GCUCAGUCAGGCACCGGCGUUCCUGCACCGCGGAUCUCAAAACAGUUGCUCUCGGUCUCUCGUAUCGUAAUAUCGAACGAGCGCUUAGUACAUUUGGUACACGUGCAUGUAGCCUCAUCUACAUAUACAAAUCGUUAAAUAUCUAUAUAAACACACGUUUACAGAGGCUAUAAAUCCACUGAAACAUUUAUGUAUGUAUAGAAAUAUGAAGUUAUAUAUCGAUAUAUAAGACUGUCUAGUAUUCAGACAAAACCGUUACCUGUCGCGUUACUUUCACACGACGAGAACUAGGCCUUUGAAGAGACAUCAAGCGAAAUACGGCUCUCGAGUCGAUCGCCGCCGCAAGGCUCGUAACGAAAAUCUGUAGCUGUGAAGGAGUCCGAAGCUUUCCUCGUUUCUACUUUUAACUCGGGAUGCAUCGCCAUUUGUUUAAACGGUCUCGAUCAGUGCGUGCCUCGCUCUAAAUUCUUUCGGAUAAAAAACUCCAACGAGUUCUCCAUCGACGAUCGAUCGUUUAAUUGAAUGUCGAAUGAGCCGGAUGAAGCAAGGAGAAUAAAUCCUCGCGACUCGUGUGAAUGAAUCUCUGCUGAGAGCUCGCCAGAGCGCUGUAUUUCUGCGCCUAUUCUUAUUCACGAUCGACCACCUUCGAUUAUUCCUGCACAUACAACGAAAGCUGAGAGACACGUGACAUGGGGAAUCGAUGAAAGCGAAAGAGAAACAUGCCGCAGCGGCUCUGACAUGAGAGAGUUACCUUAAAGAAAAGAUGAGGUGGAGCCGUUUAAGAAACGAGCGAGCAGCCGAGAGCGAAACGGCUCUCAUCUUGCUUCUCGUCGCAUUGGCUCCUGUUAUCUGCUCUGCAGGGAUUCUGGAUCCUUGGCAAUGGGCCCGAAGCGAUCGGAUCGAAGUUAACAUCCCUUGGCUGCCAUUCGAAAACGAGACGCGUUGUUACAACGAGUUGGGCUGCCUGAACAUCACCAGAAGUUGGUACCACCUCAUCCACAGGCCUCUAAAUGUAUUUCCAUUACCACGUGAAGUCAUCAACACGAGAUUCAUCUUGUACACGAAUGAAAAUCCGACAGAAGGCCAAAUCCUCAUAGUAGCGAAAGACAAAUCCAUCAAGCGUUCCAACUUCGAUCCAAAGCGACAGACGAAAUUUAUUAUCCAUGGAUUCAUAGAUACGCCCUUAAGCAAUUGGGUAAAGGAAAUGAGGAAUGAGUUGCUCAAGCACGGCGACUACAACGUCGUUAUCGUGGAUUGGGCGGGUGGAAGUCUUCCACUGUAUACCCAAGCGACUGCUAAUACCAGAUUGGUUGGUCUGGAGAUCGCUCAUUUGAUUAAGCACUUACAGACAAAUUACGGUCUGGACAUGAAAGACGUUCAUCUAAUCGGUCACAGCCUCGGAGCCCAUACAGCUGGAUACGCAGGUGAAAAAUUGGAAGGUAAUAUUGGACGCAUCACAGGGCUCGAUCCAGCGGAGCCGUACUUCCAGGGAAUGCCGAGUCAUCUGCGUCUCGACUGGACCGACGCCGAGCUCGUCGAUGUCAUUCACACUGACGGAAAGAGCAUUUUUUUCCUAGAACUUCCAGGAUACGGAAUGAGUCAGCCGUGCGGGCAUCUCGAUUUCUAUCCGAACAACGGGAAGGAACAACCCGGUUGUACGGACCUCAGUGAAACGACCCCGUCGUUGCCUUUGACCCUGAUUCGCGAGGGCCUCGAAGAGGCCUCAAGAGUUCUAGUGGCGUGCAACCACGUCAGGGCAAUCAAGCUUUUUAUCGAGUCCAUUAACUCCAAGUGCCAAUACGUCGCUCACGAGUGCAACAAUUACGAAAGUUUCCUUCGUGGCGAAUGUUUUUCAUGCAAAAGCAACAGCAGUCUGAGCUGCGGUGUGAUGGGCUACCACGCAGACACGAGCCCAGCGCUCAUCAAACGGAAGGCCAUGGGUCAGGAUGCUUCCGCACUUCUUGGCUCGAAAUUCUACUUUUCUACGGGAAAGGAAGAUCCUUAUUGCAGACGUCACUACAGACUGACAAUCAAUCUUGCGAGACCUCCAACCGCAGAAAGUUGGGUCCAAGGCUUCAUGAAAGUUACACUUCACGCUGACAACGGCGUGAUUCGAAACAUGGACCUCACCCCCAGUGGCUACAUGAAACUGGAGCAUGGAACUACCACUAAAAUCGUAGUGGCACAUCCUGCGGGGGCGACUGGAGACCUCGGCAAGAUCAGGAGAGUAGAAUUGUCGUGGGCCUACGACAUGGACGUCCUACAACCCAGGUCACUCUGUUUCUUUUGGUGCAACGAUAGACUCUACGUAGACAGUAUUCUCGUCGACAUCAUGGAACUUCCGGGUCGAGGGAAGAGAGAAACCGACUUAUCGAGCAAGCUUUGUUCAGCGAGUCGUCAGGAGUACGCGGAAAUAGCGAGCGGCUCAACAGCCUCGUUUCUCGACAAUUGUUGACGAAAAGUAAAGCUCGGCUGCUGCGAUAUCGUGCCAACGACGACGUUCGACGAACGAUGCAAAAGUACCUUCAUUUUCGAAAGUUUAGAACAUUUCUUUGCAUUUCGUCGCAUUUUUUUUCAACGUCGGACGUCGAGGGCUUACCAACGACGAACGCGAACUGGACGAUGCUGCACUUUGAAUAUCGCGCUGAGAGUACAAACCUGUUCGAUGGGAGCUCGCUGGUGACUUUUUGUAUCAUAAAAUCCUUUGUAAAUUUUGUAAAUAUAUAUAUUCACAUAUA